AUGUGUGUAACAAAUGUACACAUUUAUACUUAUCAAUAGUAUAUACAUUGACAAAAGAAAAACACAUUAAUUAUGAAACAGAACUCAGUAUUUUUCAAAAUUUUAAAUGACAGGCAAGUUGAACAAUAACAGUGCACAUUUGUGUUUCGAGAUAUAUUAGGAAAACUACAUUACCCAGCAUCCUUGUUGUGCGUCUGCGCAGAACUCGCUUUGUAGCUAAUGAGUUGUUGAGGGAUGCAAUGCUCCAUAGCAACAUCAGUACCAGCGGAGGAGCGCUAUAGCGGACGACCUGGGAUAAAUAUCCUGAGAAUAUCUGACACGGGUGCUGCAUGCUGACAGCAUGGACGACCAGAAGGAGUCACUGAGGAAGAUUAUCACUACGUUGGCUCUGAAGAACGAGGAAAUUCAGAACUUCGUCUGCUGUCUAAAGCAGAAUCUAGAGAACCUAGAGGUAAACAAUACAACGAAUUCAAACCGAGUGCAGGAGGAUCUGGAGUCAGAGUUUAGUUCUCUGCAUGCUGUCCUGGAUGAAUUGAAAGAGGGCAUGGUGACACGCAUCAAGCAGGAAAGAGCCAGCCGCACAUAUGAGCUACAGAGUCAGCUGAGCGCAUGCACCAAAGCCCUAGAGAGCUCAGAGGAGCUGCUGGAAUUAGCCAAUCAGACGCUCUGCUCAUCUGAGAAUGACAGCUUCACUCGGGCGGCCAAAGACAUAAAGGAUAGUGUAACUAUGGCUCCAGCGUUUCGUCUGUCCCUGAAAGCAAAGGCCAGCGACAGUAUGAAUCACAUGAUGGUGGACUUCACUCAGGAAAGAAACAUGCUGCAGGCCAUCACAUUUCUUCCAGUGCCUGCCACGCCAGAAAUUAACUUGGCUGAAUGCCAGGUGUUUGAUAACACAGUCACAGUGGUGUGGACCUUACCUGAACCUGACACCAAAAUCGACCAUUACAUCCUGGAAUACCGGAGAACCAAUCAUGAAGGUCCACCUCGGGCUCGAGAAGACUAUCCCUGGAUGGUGAUGGAAGGGAUAAAAGAAACUGAGUACACACUCACAGGCCUUCGUUUUGACACGCGUUACAUGACCUUUAGAGUGAAGGCGUGCAAUAAAGCUGUGGCGGGUGAAUUUUCAGAGCCGGUUACUCUAGAAACACAUGCAUUCGUCUUUAAACUGGAUGCAGGUUCAGCUCAUCAGAACCUGAAGGUGGAGGAUCUCAGUGUGGAAUGGGACAGCAGUGGUGGGAAGGUCCAGGACAUUCGUAAGGAAAAGAACAGGACCAGCUCUCCCAUGCAUUCUCCUGCCAGGACAGCCAUGAUGUCCCCCAAAAGAGCUCCAUCUGCUAGAGUGGGCCGAGACCGCUUCACAGCAGAGUCCUACACUGUCCUGGGAGACACCAUGAUCGAUGCCGGGCAGCAUUACUGGGAGGUACGGUUUGAUAAGGAGAGUAAGGCGUUUGCAGUGGGGAUUGCUUUGAGGUCUCUAGGUCGCUUUGAUCAGCUGGGGAAGAGUAACGCUUCCUGGUGCAUCCACCUGAACAACUGGCUUCAGCAGAGCCUCACAGCCAAGCACAACAAUAAAGCCAGAACACUGGACUGCUCCAUUCCGGACCGCAUCGGCAUUUACUGCAACUACGAAGAGGGCACAUUGUCUUUUUACAACUCCAGAACCAAAGCUCUCCUUCAUACCUUCAGAACUAAGUUCCAGCAGCCUGUUAUACCAGCCUUUAUGGUGUGGAAUGGGAGUUUCUCAGUGCAGACGGGCCUUCAGGUACCCAGUAUUGUGUUGAGCGGUCAGAAGAGAAACAGUAAUACAAGCAGCUCUAACGCCAGCCUUACCUAGAUCAUACUUCACUGAUAAACAUACUCUAGAACUGCUACAUGUAUGCACAAGUUUGGAGAACACCUGGCUACCCCCGACACAACACUGGCGCAAAAAGCCUGGAGGCUCUUCCUAUCAUCAUUAUGUCUUGCCAGCGCAGGGGAAAGCUGCUCUAGUUUGCCUUCCUCAUUCCUUUUAGCUCACUGGUCUGGAUUCUGUGCCUUUCAGUGUCCCGAAUUAAGACAUGAUGGGGUAUUGCUCUAUUUAAACAUGCAAAGAGCUUUUAUUAGCCUGGAGUUCAUGUGUAUAUCUCUAGGGCCAUACGUUGUAUUGUUUUUAGCAUUAGUUCAUUCAAACCACAGUAUUUGAGCCACAUUUGAACAGUUAUUUCAAUGCAACAGCAGCAUGUUGGUGUUUGAAAUCUGAAACUGUAUUAUAUUUACACACUGAAUGUCUUAAAUGAUAUGCCUGGAAAUCUGCUACAGUAGCUGCUUCCGUGAAACCUUUUUAAAUGUACACUUAGUAUCAGAGUAGCACAAUAAUCUUAAGCUAAUCAUAGACAUCAAAUGCCUUUUAUAGAAUGUAUUAAUUCAGCAGUUCCAGCAUCUGAGGAGGGAGGCAGGUUUAACAAACCAUUUGGUUGUGCAUGGUCAAUGUGUGUGUGUGUGUGUGUGUUUGUGUGUGUCCAUGUUCAUAAUCUGUCACCCAGAAAGGUACAUUUUCAGUGUUCUUGACGCAAAUAUUUACCAGACCUUACUUUUCUGUAUGCCUGCUGCAAUUAUGUAUUACAUAUUACAGAAGACUUAUUCUUUGCCAUAGUGCUGUCCUCUUAAAGGGAUAGUUCACCCAAAAAUGAAAUUUCUGUCAUCGUUUACUCAUCCCUUAAGUUGGUCCAAACCUGUAUGACUUUGUUUUGAUAGUUAAGUUAAUAUUCCCAUUAAAGGUGCAGUAUGCGAUUUCUGAGAAACACUGUUGAUAUACUUUUUCAAGUAACUAGUAAAGUAACGCAUUACUUUUUUAAAUAUCCAAGUUACUUUUUCACAUUUAUUGACUAACAGCUCUUCUGUCCCUAUGUUGAGAGAAAUAAAGUGCACGUUGUGCGCUGUGUGAACAUGAUGGUUAUUGUAGUUCUAGACUACAUGUGAACAUGCAUUCACUCAUCUCACUUGCUCAAAAACAUUUUCCUCAAAAUUAAUAAAAACAGUGAAAUGCAAUCUCAGAAUUGUACGCAAGCCUGUAAUAAUUAACUAUAUUAAAUUACACAAAUAUACUUUAUGUAUUUAAUCUCACUUUAUUUACCAAUUCCUUUGCUGCUGACCUUCAAUGAUGUAAUUCAACUAUACUAAUACACAUAAAUUACUUUAGAUUAGAUUUAGAGAUAAGAGUGUUAAACUUCCUUCUCCUGUAUCCUAGCUUCUUUAAUCCAGAAUGACAGCACAGCUGAAAGGUUUGUUUGAGCUGCGCUCUCUACUGUACAGGUGUAAAUAUGCUUUUCCCUCAGCCUGAGGCUUAUUCAUUUCACUUUUGGUGUGAAAGGGCCUUAACAUUUGCCAAAAAUAGAACUUUUUUUUUUGUUGUUAUUAAAAAACAAACAAGCAAACCCAGCCCAGGUGAGGAAAAAGUAACGCAAAAGUAAUGUAAAGCAUUACUUUUCAUAAAAAGUAACUAACGCAAUUAGUUACUUUUGUAGGGAGUAAUGCAAUAUUGUAAUGCAUUACUUUUAAAAGUAAUUUUCCCCAACACUGCUAUUUUUCUUCAAAUCUCCCUCUUUCUCACUCUCCUCUUCCAUCAUGAGUGGACACGCCCCCUACUGCUGUUUGGCUACAAAUGUUGUGGCGCUCGGUCUGAUCCACUUUCAACAGCGUUUCUCAGAAAUUGCUUACUGCACCUUUAAGUGAACUCUUAACUCGAACCACUGCAAAUGGAUCAUGGCGACAUUUGAACUCAGAACAAAAUCAGUCUGACUCUGUGACUGAAUUAGAUUGACCGAUUCACUGAAAAGAGCCGACUCAAAAGAAUGAUUCAUUCAUGAAUCGGACAUCGCUGCUACUCUCAUUAACUCUCCAAAGAGAACUAGGAUUUUUUUUAUUGAAAGACUUAAAUUACAGUCUGUUAAUCAAACAAAGCUAUCAAAUGACUUCAAAAGAAAUGUAUGGAACAAGAUGUUUGGACAACAUAGGCUGCUUUUGAAUUAUUUUCAAUGCCUGAAAGCUCCACAUUGUAAUUGCAUUGAAAAGAGCAAUCUCAAAAGAAAGUCAGUCAUUCAGUUUUGAAGCGACAUGAGGGUGAGUAAGCUAAUGUAAUAUAAUCUGCAAUGCUUUUAUUUAAACAUCUGAACAUUUUAAACAUUUUUGUCUGGAACAAAAGUCAAACUGUAAAGUCGUACUAUUACACUACCUGUUACGUCAAUAAAACAAAUGCCAAACAUA